AUGUCACCUACACCAAGUAAUUACAACCAGGAAGCCCUGCUUCAACAAGCCUCUACAGCUAACCUUCAACGUGUUUUCGUUCAGAGAGAUUUUACGCGUGGCACUGCAGUUAGAUUUGAGACAACUCUACCCGAACGCCUGCAAAGCAAGAUAUCCUCGGAAGAGUUUGCUAAGGCCAUCUCCGACCUGAAUGCUCUCUUCGCUACUGCGGAAGCUCUUACACCCGGAGUUAUUUGCGAGAAUAUGGCUGGCUGCCUGACCGCUUAUCUCCUUUUCCUUUGCAUGCCAACACACUAUGAGAGAAUACUAGACAAAGUUGCCUAUCGUGUUAUUCAAUUGAAUGAAGAAGUUUUCAUGCCUCAAGGUCUGCUAAUGAUUGACCCAGCAGAGCGUGGUCUACGAGUGAUUGAAAUUUGCAUCCUGAACACUACCGAUUCCAAUGCCACAACGCAACAAGUUUGA